UAAAGACUUUUAAAGGUGUGGACUGCCUGUUCUAGAAAAAGCUUAUGGAAUUGUAGAACAACAGAUGUCACAAAAGCAUUGCCCUACCAUGCUGACUGAGGAUCUAAACAAACGUCUUUACCAAAUCCAAGCCAAACGACAGGUUUUGGAAAAGCUUGAUGUAAAAGAAGAAAAUCAACACGAAGCAUUUCAGCAAGCGAGAAAGAGAAAUAAACAAAUUCUUUUGGAAUUAAAUUCUUCACAAGAAAAAUUAAGAUUAAUGGAAGAAAACAACAAACCAACUACUAAGUUAAAAAUUAUGGAAACAAAUUACUGGUCAUUUGUGAAUGUAAUGAAACCGCUGUGGGAAAAUGAAAUCUUGACCAUUGAGAAAUAAGAAUGGAAACUGAUGGUUUGUGCCACAUGGAAACCUAUUUGUAAUGGAUUUACCAAAUCUAUAUAUGUUACCUGUUAAAGAACAUAAAUAGAAAUACAAACUAUGUGGAAAACAAA